ACUUAUUACUCGCUUGUUAGCUGAUGUUCCUUAGCUAGCUAGCUACCUACAGAGGACUACGGGCAACAACUGUACUGGCCGAACGUGACGAUGCUUGGUUUAAGACGUCUUGCUACUUAUGUAACAUCGUGGAGUGUUUUUAGGUCAACUCUCCAAAUCAGCAGCGGCGGACACGCUCAUGUCCUACUACCUCAGAUACUAAGGGCAUACAGCUCCUGCUUACAAGUACAAAGGCCAAGCAGGUAUCAGACACAUAUUAGGAGUUGUAGUCGUGAGGGAUCUCUUCUGUGCUGCCUCCAUCCUUGUGAGCAGCACCAAGCCACCUACUCCCAAGGCUCCUAUCAACCCCCAAAACCUGGCUCCUCAGCCAAGAUCAAGCUACGCACACGGUUGGCUGUAACUCUGAUAAUUGGAGGUGGGAUUGUCGGCACCUGGUGGUACGUGCACCAUGAGAAGGACCAGAAACUGCAGGCUCAGCGGCUGGAGCAGUUGAGUAAGGUGGCUGUGGGCCAGGGUGACUUCUCCCUCCUGGACCACACCGGCCGGCGCAGGACCAAAAAAGACUUUCUGGGUAGUUGGGUACUUAUGUACUUCGGCUUCACGCACUGUCCAGACAUCUGUCCUGAGGAGCUGGAAAAGGUGAGCAGCGUAGUGGAUCUGCUGGACAAGGAUGCUGGCCUGCCCCUUGUGCAGCCACUUUUUAUUACCGUUGAUGCUGAAAGAGACGACGUGACUGCUAUGGCGAAGUAUGUUAGUGAUUUUCACCCACGCCUGCUCGGAAUGACUGGAACGCCUGAAGAAGUGAAAGAGGUGGGCCAGGCGUAUAGGGUUUAUGCCAGUGCGGGGCCCAAGGAUGAAGAUGGGGACUAUAUUGUGGACCACACCAUCCUUAUAUACCUCAUUAACCCAGACGGACUUUUCCUGGACUAUUAUAACCGAACAAAGAUGCCACACAGAUUGCUCAAGAGUAUUCGUAAAACACAUGAAGAAUUAUGUUAAGUUGUUCCCUGAUUAAGGUUGCAUGUCAGAAUCUCAUAAAAAGAUUUGAUUAUAGUAAUCUUCAGCAGCUACCGUUUUUUCAGAAAAAAAAGUGCAAGACAGGCAUGGCUUCAAGUACAGACUUCAUAAUUACAAUAUAUUAAAACUCUUAUUCAGUGCUGCAUUGGUCUAAUAUCUUGGAGCCAAAAUAACAUAAGCAGUUGUCUCUACAUCUAUAAUGGGGAAAAGGGUAAUCUAUAUAUUUCAUUACUGGGACUGUCUUUGAUGCACUUAAAAUAGUGCAAUAAUUUUAUAAAUAAACUUGGACCGGGUUGAUUGUA